AUGCCGCUGCAAUACCAGCCGCAGCAGCUGUACGAUAUACCACAAUACAUGGAUCCCGAGCUCGCCCAUCAUGGGUCAUACCCGACUACUGUCACGCCAGGCCAACAGCCGGAGAAAAAGUCGGUCAUGAUCGAUGUACAAGCCUUCGUUCGGACUCGAGACGCGCUCGCCUCUGCCUACAUUGGCCUCUCUCAAGCUAUUGAUCGCUCGGUCAAAGCCUACGUCGAGCACACCAGCGUUGUCCUCGCCUCCGACGCGUCGCUCAACGUCAGCUACCUGACUCAGCCCUUCGACCAGCUUGCUCAUACUGCUCAACUCGCCCAACAAGCCCUGAUCAGCAAUGGCGUCGCUGCUGAAGCCAAGCAAGAGACAUCGGACGGCGACAAGAAGGGCAAACGCAAGAAGCGCGCCUACAAGCAACGCGACCCGAACGCCCCGAAACGUCCUUUGACAGCAUACUUCCGCUACCUGCAGGAACAACGCGGACCACUUGGCAAGGAGCUGGCCGAGAAGGCUGGUGGUCAGCCGCAGAGGCCGGGCGAUUUGAGCAAGGUCGCUACGCAGAGAUGGAAUGCUCUGACCGAGGAGGAACAUCGCCCCUACAAGGAGGCGUACCAGCGUGCGCUGAAGGACUAUGAGAAGGAGGUGGAGAGGUACAAGGCUGCUGGUGGGAAGGUCGACGAGAGUGCUCUCGCUGUCGUUGCCGAGGAUGAAGUGGCUGGAGGUGCGGGCCUGGGAGAAGAUGCCGCCGGCGAGGACGUCGUCGAUGGAAAGGCAGUGGUUGUAGAAGAAGAAGAAGAAGAGGAAGACGACGACUCCUCUAGCUCAGAGGAGAGUUCAGACGAGGAGGAGGACGAGAAGGAACCCACUCCUCCGCCCCCACCACCAGCACCCAAGACACCCAAAUCCGCAAUGAAGAAAAGCAAGAAAGAGACUCCCGCCGUCGCACCCACCCCUCAAUUCAGCAGCAUCAACACCUCGGAGCCCACCAAGCCGUCCAGCAGUCCCGAGCGGAAACGCAAAGCUGCCGCUACUCCAUCAGCUGACAACGCCACCGCUUCUGAGGAGCCAGCCAAGAAGAAGCGUGGUCGCAAGCCCAACGCCGAGAAGGUGACCGCGGGUGCAGACGUGAUUCCGUCGACUGCUCCACCUGCUCCCGUUGCGCCAAUGUCAUCUGCUGAGGCUAUGCCGCCACCUAGCAGUGAGCCCAGCAAGAAGAAGAAGAAGAGGAAGAGUGAAACAUAG